CAAACGGCUGUCAAACUUCCGCUCUCUCCGGCUCACAGUUGCAGAACGUAAACAAACAUCCACAUUACUUUCUUGGUAACUCUAGCGCAAUGAAGGACAGCCGGAAGCGUCGGAAAUCAAGACGCGAUAGUACGUCUUCAUCCUCAUCCUCAAGCCGAGAUAGUAGCGCCAGUUCCACCAGCGGCACCAGCGAUAGUGACUCCUCCAGCACCAGCAGCUCCAGCCGGAGCAGUAGCGUCGAGCGAAAGCGCCGGAAAAAGGAGCUGAAGAAAAAGCUAGCCAAGCAACAGAAGAAGGAAGCGAAAGCCAAAAAGAAGGCACUGCGCAAGGAAAAGAAAGCCAGAAGGAAGCAGGAAAAGUUGGAGAGCAAGCUCGCGAAACGAAAACUAAAAGAAGAGCGGAAAAGCCGGAGAAAGCAGGAAAAACACUCGAAAGAUGGGGACAUCCCGAAUAGCAGUAGUAGUAGGACGGCACCACCAUCGGCAGGGAAAGACCAGGGAAGCGGCCCAUCAGUGUUGGCCUCGGAUCCGUCGCUAGACUGUGGUAUUCCCCUCGAUCUAAUGAAUCGGAAAGCGAUGGCACCGGAAACGCGCGAAGAGUAUGAGGCACGGCAAUCGAUUCUGCGACGGGUGGUCGAUCCAGAAACAGGCCGAACGCGACUGAUCAAGGGCGACGGGGAAAUCAUCGAGGAGUGUGUGAGUCGCGACCGGCACAAGGAGAUCAACCGGCAGGCAACGGCAGGUGAUGGGGCAGAGUUUCAGCGCAAAACACUCGGACGCAAUGUGCGCUAAAGGCACACAGUCAAUGCUACCAAAAAUAAACAACAAUAUUUGCAAACCAAAAAGAAAAAAAAAGUCGUUUAAAAAACAAGUUUACUGUGAUUUGUUGCGCG